AUGGGCUCGUGCGCGUCUAUGUGUAAUGGCGGCUCGCAAGAGGAGAAAAAAACACCUCAAGCCACGCUCCACGUGUCACUACCGCAGGAGUUUAAGUACGAGGUGCUAGUAGCAGCAACUAACAAUUUCGACCAAUCAGAUGUGCUGGGCGAGGGGGGGUUCGGGAAGGUCUACAAGGCCGUGAUUCGCGGAGGCAAGGGGGACGAGAAUGGGGAGGGCGGAGAGGGGAAGGGAGAAGGUGCGGCAGCGGCGGCGGUUGCGGGACAGGCAGUGGCGAUUAAAGUGCUGAAUAGUUCCGGGAAGACGAGCGGUUACCGGGAAUGGGUGACAGAAGUGCUGAUGCUGGAGCGCCUCUCCCACCCCAACCUGGUCAGCCUGCGCGGCUACUGCGCUCAUGGAGAGAUGGCGUUCCUGGUCUAUGAAUACGUGCCCAAUCGCGCGCUCAACUAUCACCUCUUCUCCAGUGAGUGA